AUGCCCAGAGUUCGCACGGUCCUCGGCCUCCUGGCGGCUUUGGCGGCCUGUGGCGCCGUCGCCUUCCUGGGCUACUGUGUUUACUUCGACCGGAAGCGGCGUGGCGACCCCGCGUUCAGGCGCCGCCUGCGGGACAAAAGAAGAGCCCAGCAGCGGAAGGCUGAGGGACCGGGCGCCCAGUUGUGGGAUCCAGCAAAGAAUAAAAAAUUGCAAGAACUUUUUUUCCAAGAGAUACGAAUGGGACAACUUUGGUUAUCCAGAGGAGAGUGUCAGUUGGGGGUUGAACAUCUCAGCACUGCCCUUUUAGUGUGUGGACAACCACAGGAACUUCUGAAGGUUUUCAAACACACACUCCCUCCUCAGGUAUUUGAGAUGCUGUUGCACAAAAUUCCCCUUAUUUGCCAGCAAUUUGAGGCAGACAUGAAUGAACAGGAAUACUUGGAGGAUGAUCGUGAUUGA